GGCUGCAGGGGCCGGUGGGGCCUGCUUGAGUGGGACACCGGAUAAUUGCGCUGGGGGGGCGGGACUAAGGCCGCUGCGGGAGCAGCAAUGAAAGAGCCCGCGCAGGAUCUGAAAAUGGAGUGUGAUAUCCUGGACAUGCUGGAGGCUUUGGGGUACAAAGGUCCUCUUUUAGAUGAAGAUGUCCUUAAUAAAGCAGCAGAAGGUGGUCUGGCUUCAGAAGACUUCUGUGAGCUUUGCGUUUGGUUAAGUUCCCAAAUACAACCGUUGUGUGGUCUGGAAGAGAGCCUCUCAUCAACAUCUGAUGUCAAAGAUGUCGAAAGUUUACAGCUGGAGAUGAGCUGCUUUUUAAAAGAACUGGCCUGCCCUUACUCUGCGCUUGUAUCGGGAGAAAUUAAAGACCGAUUAAAGAAGAAAGAAGAUUGUCUUAAAGUUCUGUUAUUUUUGAGUACAGAGCUUCAGGCUUUGCAAGUCUUGCAUUUCAAGCAACGUAAACGCUCUCAUUUGGCAAAGAAUAAUGAAAUCCAUCAAGAGCUCCAAAUGAUCUGUGAGGCUUUGGGUCUUCCAAAGUCAGCUGACAUUCCAGCCUUGUUAAGCAACGCAGAAGGAAAGGUUAAGGAUGUUUUAUCAAAAAUUCCAAACAGAUGUGUGGGUAAAAGCCUGCUCAAAACUCCUCUGACUCCAGAUCAAACGGAAAGACUGGAAAAGAUCAAUGAAGCCCUGUGCAGCGAAUAUGAAUGUCGCCGACGUAUGUUAAUGAAGCGCUUAGAUGUAACUAUUCAGUCUUUCGGGUGGUCUGAUAAAGCAAAGGUGAAGACAGACGACAUUGCAAGGAUUUAUCAACCCAAACGUUACGGACUGGCUCCUAAGUCAACUAUUUCGUUAGCCCAUCUUCUGGCUGCCCGAGAAGACUUCUCGAAGAUCACAAGAACGAGUAGCGGGAUUACACGAGAGAAGACAGUUUGUGCCAUCAAUAGAGUCUUGAUGGGUCGAGUACCAGACCGUGGAGGCAGACCAACAGAAAUUGAGCCACCACCUCCUGAAAUGCCUCCCUGGCAGAAGGACAAGAUGGCGGUGGAAGAGGAGGGGGGUGGUGGAAGAGGUGGCUGGGGAGGAGGAGGUGGAGGGAGGGGAGGAGGGGGGGCUGGGGAGGGAGGAGGAGGUGGAGGGAGAGGAGGAGGGGGUGGCUGGGGGGGAGGAGGAGGAGGUGGGGGGAGGGGAGGAGGAGGGGGCAAUUGGAGGGGAGGAGGUGGUUUUCAAGGGCGAGGAGGAUACAGUGGGAGAGGUGGAUAUGGAGAGUCCUAUGGUGGAAGGGGAGGAGGAUACAGACAGUAUUAAUGUUAAUAAUAAAUAGUACUAUUUACUUCAAGUAGGAAGUGUGGAUAAAUUAUAGCUGGCUUCACAGCAUGACUUCUGAACCACACAAACAUCCUUACUGAUAAAAUUGCUAUUCAGUGUAACGACUUUCACUUAAGAUAAAUUUUCUACCUACCUGUAA